AUGUCUUCGUCACAAACCAACGCCUGGCUGCGUGCGCAGCGCAAGCUCGAUCUCGUCCAGAUUGCCGACAAUGUUGGCUUGAAGAACUAUGAGAGCCUCAAGAAGAGCGAACUCGAGGUUGCGCUCGACGAGUUCAUCGCCGAACACAGCAGCCGCCUGGCCAACCGCUCCGACUUGACUCCUUAUUUCAACAGCCGCUCCAAGGCGCUCGGCUCCCCCGUUAAGAAGGAGAAGGACUCUUCUAAGGACGAGAGCGAAAAGCCUCUCCGGGUUGCCAAGCGCCGCGCGAACAAGGCCCUCGAGGAGCUGGCCUCUGAAAGCGACGAACAUGGAUCCUCUACGGCCGUUGCUCGCACGCCUGCCCGUAGCCUUUCUCAAGUUGCUGCCCGCAUCCCCUUGCCGGCCACUCCUGCCGACGUGGCCAACGCCUUUGACCGCUCAACCGUGGCCAUGCGCAAGCGUGUCGCGUCCAUGUAUCAGGAGACCGGCAUCACCGAGGCCUCCAAUGCCGCCCGCGAGACCCUAAGCACCGUCACCAGCGUCCUUUUCGUCGUCGCUGCCUUUGAGCUGGUCCUUAUCCGACGCGAGAUCCUGGCCGACCGCUAUGCCUUCACCAUCCCGGCGGUUCGCGCCAUUGGCACCUCCGACUACCCCGUCUACCUGCCCGACAUGUUCCUCAUCUUGACCUCGAGCUUCUGGUCGCCGGCGCUCACCUGGACUCUGACCAGCGUUGUCCUCCCCAGCCUGUUUGGGUACUUUUUCAACUUGACGGCCACGAGCCACACUGGCCCGCGGACCCGCUCCAGGGCCGCGGCCAACGACACCGUGGUCGACCCGCUCACGUUUAGCAUCGCCAAGGCCCUGGUUUCGUACGUCGUGUACGGCCAGGGCGUCACCUUUGGCGGCCUCCUGCCCGAGACGUCGAUUGAGCGUCUCGAACGCGCCGUCUACGGCGGCUACAAAGGUAUCCUUGUCGGCACUGCCGUUACGGGCAUCGUGAGCAUCUACGAGGCUGUCUUGAGAAAAUGA